GACUCUGCGUUAUUCGAGGCUCAAUACGGAAAGACGUGCUUUCUAUUGGUAAUGCUCGUUCUAGACACUGUAUCGUCGUUGUAAUAAGCUGCUUUUUUUGUUAACUUAUUUUUGCAUAUGAAAAGACUAACUGUUAAAGAUGCUUCGUACGUCUAUGCAGUCAGGUGCUCGACUGGUGGUCAUAGCAAAGGUGCUGUUUCCUCUGAAAGGAAACACGAAUCUCAUCCAAGUGAGUUCUGAUGCUCAGUAUAUAAGUCGAAGACAAUUGCAGACAUGCGCAGUUGACCUACAAUGUUCCUCAAUGGGAUCCUUUAAACCGUUGGCCGAACGUGAGGUGCCUAUUAGAAACGUCGGGUUACGGAAAGCCAAGCAUAAGAUAAGAUGCUAUCUUUGGGGCGGCACCCAUUCAGGCGCCCUUGGAUGCGACCAUUUCGUGCGUCCCCUUAAGAAACACUUAAAACCACGGGAGGAUCGUUGUAAUCCAUAUCGACUGCGUUUUAGUGCAACCAAUAGAGUGUUCCGUAUUGCCUGUGGAAAUGGUUUCACUGUAUUCGGUGCAAAGCCAGAAGACACUGCCUGCAAAUACCGGGUAUUUGGAACUGGUAUAAAUAAAGACUCGCAAAUCGGCCUUCAACAGGCUCGAAGGGACGCACCGAUGGAGCUUCUCACGCAACCUGUUCCCAUCAUAUUACCCGAAUCAGGGAGUUUUGAUCAUUUAGAUGUAAAUACAAGGAAUACGGCCAUUGAAAAUGGUAGUAAAGCCCCUUUCUGGAGUCCGAUCCUUAGCCUUGGAGCCGGCCGAGCGCACACAGUGAUUGUAACUUCUGAUGCCGUGUACACGCUCGGUAACAAUAGUUUAGGCCAGUGUGGACGUCCCAUUAUUGAGAAUGAAAGCUAUUUUGGUCGAGAUCUUCUACACCGCGUUGAGGGUGAUGGACUUAACAACGUAGUUAAAACCGUUUGUGGACUUGACCACACAUUUUUCCUGACCGCUAGCGGAAAAGUAUUUGCCUGCGGUUGGGGUGCCGAUGGUCAGACCGGCCUAGGCCAUUAUAAAACUGUCGGUAUACCGCAAGAAGUGGGUGGGGAUAUAAGCGGAGAGCGCAUCGUUCUUCUGUCAAGUCGGGCCGACUGUGUACUGGCUUUAAACGAAAAAGGCGACUUGUUCGGUUGGGGUAAUAAUGAGUAUGGACAGCUACUGGGAGCCACUAAGGAGAUGCAGUUGCAUACGCCGAAACAUAUUAAGCUCAAUAAGAAGUUGAAGGGUGCGGCGGCCGGGGGAAGCGCUUGUGUAGUCCUUGACGAAAAUGGCCAGGUGUUUAGUUGGGGCUAUGGUGUCCUCGGACUUGGCCCAAAGGUUGAGCACUCCCGCAAUCCACGCCUCAUACCACCGCCGUUGUUCGGUGCGAACGAGCUGAACCCUGAUAGUGUGCCGGUACGACUCGAAGCUGGAAUGGCGAAUUUCGCUGCGGUCACUAACAGAGGACAUCUUUAUACGUGGGGCCGAAACAAUAAUGGUUCUCUAGGCCUGGGUCACACAAAGUCUCAGAUGUUUCCUCUUAUGGUCACUAUCGCGGCCCAAGUUCGGGACAUCUCAAUGGGAGUCGACCAUACGGCAGUGAUCACACAAUCAUUUUGCUGACAUUGGCAGUACUUAAAUAACAACAUGUUGCUGUUUGUAGAUAUACCUGCGUAGCAUAAAUAAAUGAAAGCAGGCCUUGUACUGUA